AAAUCCCAUAGGAGUCUACCUAGUUCACAGUUAGCGCUGACGCGAGCUGGCCGACCGCCCACCUCGAGAUCCCCGAUCCCAGCUCCGCCGCGACGGAGAUGGCCGCCGCAGCCGCCGUCGAUGCGCUCGCCUUGCUGGUGCCCUCCUGGAGCGCGGCGGUGGUGCUGCUCUCCUACCUCGGGUACCUAGCCGCCGCGGGCGCCCUUCUCCCCGGCAAGCUCGUCGCCGGCGCCAUCCUCCCCGACUCCUCCCGCCUGCACUACCGCUGCAACGGCCUUCUCUCGCUCCUGCUGCUCCUCGGUUUCUCCGCGCUCGGUAUCUACAUGGGAUGGAUGACGCCUACGGUUGUGGCUGACCAUGGAAUCGAGCUGCUGUCGGCGACCUUCAUUUUCAGUGUCAUUGUCUCUAUAAUGCUCUAUUGUGUUGGGUUAAGGUCUCGCCAUCAAAGUUCUUCUUUGAAACCACAUGCUAAUGGGAACUUCAUACAAGAUUGGUGGUUUGGAGUACAGCUUAAUCCUCAUUUUAUGGGAGUUGACCUCAAGUUCUUUUUUGUGAGGGCUGGAAUGAUGGCAUGGUUAUUUAUCAACCUCUCUUUGUUCGCAAAGAGCUACCUAGCUGGUUUGGCUAACAUGUCAAUGUUUCUCUACCAGUUCUUUUGUGCGUGGUAUAUUAUAGAUUACUUCGUUCACGAAGAGUUCAUGACCUCCACAUGGGACAUUAUUGCAGAAAGGCUUGGUUUCAUGCUGGUGUUUGGUGAUCUGGUUUUCAUUCCUUUUACCUUCACUAUUCAGGGUUGGUGGCUUUUGAGAAAUAACGUGGAGCUACCCCUUUUGGCUGCUGUUGCUAACUGCUUCAUUUUCCUUAUAGGAUAUCUAGUGUUCAGAGGAGCCAACAAACAAAAACAUGUAUUCAAGAAGAACCCCAAAGCUCUUAUAUGGGGUAAACCUCCCAAAGCUGUUGCAGGAAAGCUACUUGUAUCUGGCUACUGGGGCAUUGCGAGGCACUGCAAUUACCUAGGAGAUCUACUUCUGGCGCUGUCGUUCAGCUUGCCUUGCGGAGCCAGUUCUGUGGUCCCGUACUUCUACCCCACCUACCUUCUCAUCCUGCUGAUAUGGAGGGAAAGAAGAGAUGAAGCAAGGUGCUCACAGAAGUACAAGGAAAUCUGGGCAGAGUACUGCAAUCUUGUGCCUUGGAGGAUCCUGCCUUACGUGUACUAAAAUUGAAGGGUUGUUGUAUUUGUUGUAGACUAUGCUCAUGUAAAAUUCAAGUUUCUGUUGUUGGAUAUUCAGUUUCGAAUUGAAGUAACAUCUUAAGUUAGUGGUCAUAGUUCUCACCUAGUGCCUGCCUCUUUGGAAGAGUGUUUUCUGGUAGAGCUUCGGUAUUUGCCAUUCUUUACCCAGAAAUACCAUUCUUCUGAACAGUCCGUUGAUCUUUUAUUUGCUCUCCGUUUU